AUCUUUUAUUAAUUGGAAGAGAAAUCUCCGAAUCAUCACGGCUUACGGUCAAGGACCGUUUUAUAUUCUGAAGUCGAAGUUCAUAUGGGGAGCUCUCAUCUGAGUAUUUUUGAAGGAAAUCUUUGUGGUUAUUCAGUUUGGAGCGUUUUCUUACUGUUGGAUGUUGUGAUUUUCUUAUAGAAACUGAAUCCCAAUAUUUUUUCGUUAACUGUAAGAAUUCUCUUAAGGCAGAGAUUUUCUAAGUCACAAUCUGUAUGUUGGGCUGGGAUGUAGGAUACGUAUGGCCAUUGCUGGAAGGUGUCGUUCUGACCCAAACAAAUCGGCCUCUUGAUUCUUGGCAGUUGGUCAUGGGAAAUCCCCAUGAAGCCCUCCGGUCAAGUUCUGCUUCUGGAGAAACUUCAGCUCAGCAGCCCAACAGGGACCAGCAAGGCCAGCCUAGGGUGGCUGUGCCAGAAACUGAUCCCCCACCAUAUGAUAGUGUAGCUAAUGAAACUACAAGUUUCAGAGAGUUGUCCAGUAGUGGAUCUUCUGUUAGUCAGCAUCAGAAUGCUUCAAGGGAAGCAUCAAAUGAUAACCGGAGUCGCAGUCGGACCAAUGCAAAUAAUCGAGUCAGAAAUAAUAAUGGAUCCAUUCAACGGAUAAGACCUCAAAAAUGGCCCCAUAAAGCUUCAUCUGUGUUUGCUUGUUUAAGCUGUGUCAUUGGUUUAUGUAAUGUGAGCAGGUUCUCUAUGCUUGUAUAUAUUUAUAAAGGGUGUUUUAUAUUUCAAUUCCUUCUCCUUUCAUUUUUAAUUGGUAUUCCACUGCUAUAUAUGCAGAUGGCAUUAGGACAAUAUUUAGGUGCUGGAAUGCUAGAUAUGUGGUAUAUUUCUCCUGCAUUUAAAGGUCUGGGUUUUGCUAUGUUAUAUCUCUAUGUGCUGCUAGGGAUUUAUAAUGCCAUACCUUUAUCAUGGUUAUUUACCUAUUUCAAGGAUUCUUUCAUCACUCUCAAAGACUCAUACAAGUGGGGAAAAUGUCAUUAUAAUUUUGCUAGGAGUGGUUGCAUACGAGCUUUAAAUUCAUCAUCAGCUGAUUUUUACGGCUGGUCUGUGCCAUCAUAUUUUCAUGGUCGUGUUCUUGGAAGAAAACCUGGUGAAUUCCAAUUAGGGGAACUAAAAUUUGAAGUAGCUUUUAAUUUAUGCAUUGUAUGGCUAAUUGUUUUCAUCUGCAUAAUACGUGGACCAAAAACAUUUGGAAAAGUGGUGUAUGUAUUUGGUAUGUUGCCUAUUGCUUUGCUAAUGAUGGUAACAAUGCGGAUGGGACAGCAGUGGAGUGAUGGUAUUCUGGAUCUGUUUACUUCUUCAUGGAAACCUACUCUUCUAGAUUCCUCUGCUUGGUGGCUUGCAGCAAGAGAAGCAUUCAUAACGUGGGGUCUUUUUGGAACAAUUGCCCUUCAUAUUUGUAGUCAUAAUAAAACAUCUACAAAUAUUACAAAGAACCUCAUAGCUGUAGCUGUUACUGCAGUUGUUGUAUUAAUCACUACAGCUUUUCUGUUUGCCUGUGCAGCAAAUGUUCUUCACAAGAGAAAUCUAUCCCUAUCGUUAUCAUCUUAUGAGGAAGAAAGUUCUGUCAAGGCACUGAAGCCUGGGAUUCGAUUUCACAAGAAUAUCACUGUUACAAGCCUCUUUCUAGGGAUAAGCACAAUUCCGAAAGAUAGCUAUGUAUAUCAGAGUGGCUAUCAAGUUCUGCGCCUAGCAACAGAGGCUUUCCCUGCUGCUCUUGCUGUUGAAGGUGUCCGCAACAUUUCUUCAUUUUGGUCCAUUUGUUUUUAUACUGCCAUGAUUUUCUUUGGAUUUGGUCAGCAGGUAGUGAUGUGGUACUGCGUUGUAGAAUCUGUAAUUGCUAUUAAUUACAAAGUUUUCAAAUCUUGGCAUACAACAUUGACGUUUAUAACAUGCAAUUUAGCAUUUCUUCUUGGUCUUCCAAUUACAUCAAAUGUGGGGCUAUAUAUCAUAUACUAUCUGGAUUUCUGUGUCAGUUCUUUAUGGUGGAUCGUACUGAUGUAUUUCAUCAUGCUGUUUGCCAUUUUAUUUAUUAGAGGUCGACCAUAUGGCACUGAUCAACUAGUCAACAUUAUAAGUCGUAACCCAGUAAGGCGAUCAAAAAUUUUGCCUUUACUCACUUUCAUGUGGAAUAUAGUCCUUCCAGUUUCAUUUCUACUUCUUACAAUUUCAUUUUUGCGGAAUAGUUCAAUUGAUGGCUCUUCUGCAAUGGGAGAGCUGAUGGAUAAUUAUCAUUAUUGGCACCAAUGGGCUAAGACCUUGAAUUUGUGCAUACAAAUGUUUCCUCUCAUACUUAUCAUUACAGUUUGUGCCUAUCAAGCUUUCAAAGUCUUUACCUCAAAGAAAGAUUUACCUGUUAUUGAGCGUCUGAAAUUAUUAUGUUGUCCAGUAGUUCCAUUACCUUCUGUUGGCUCCAGACAUUCCCUAAAUUCUUCACCUUCUCUGAGUCAGGGUUCAACAAAUAGUGGCUUCAUUGAUGAUCCACCACCAAAAUACACACCACCACCGUCUUAUUCUACAGCAACAUCACGGAUGUUAGCUAAACAACUCGAUAUUCAACAACAGCUGAACAAUAGUUGUGCUAUUGACUUCGAGAACUUAAGUGAAUCAUUGCAAAGUGAUGAUCUCUCUAGGUCUCUUGCAAUAUCCAGGGAUAGUAGUAUUUCACCCCCAACAGUCAGCGCUUCUCAGAGGGGACUUUUAAGCAAUCAAAAAUAAUCUCAACAGUAAACAAUCAUCAUUUUGUUUCGUUCUUGUGGACUAAGCUUAAACAUAUGGACUCUGAAGAACUGUGAAUUAUUUUAAAGAAAGACAUUUUUUUAGGUGCAUACACAGGAUCAUGAGAAUCGUUUAUAAAUAUAAAUAAAAAAUUUGUGAAAUACUAUAGUUAAUGACUUUCAUAAUUUUCAAUUUUUUUAAAUCUACUAUUGCUUUCAUACUUUUAUACUUCAUAUGUGAUAUGUAUGAAUCUUGAUAUUGUUACAUUGUAUGAUAAAUGCACAAUCUGAAAACAAGUUUCUAUUCGAGAUAAUGAGAAUUAAAACAGUAAUUAAUACGGAAUUUUUAAACUUAAACUAAAAAAAUCAUGCAUAUUUCCAUGUGAACUGUAUAUGUAUUAAGUGUAUCAUUUGGAAUAAUGCAGUACAAAUGCAAGUAGGUACGAAACACAUCGAUGUGUAUAAUGCUUUAGUCAUAAGAAAUUGUGCAAUGGAUAAUGUGAUCAUCAUCAUAGUUUAAAGACAUUGAAAAAAAAAAAGUGCCUUUAUUUGAAUACUUUUUAGCUACAUAUGGAUCAGAGAGCUGAAGUCCACAGAACAUUUUAUGCAACAAUAUUUUAUAAACAUUUUCCAUAAAAAACUGCACUAAAGUACUGCUGGUCAGUCACUGAACACUCACUGCCUUCUUAAAAUUAUUCAUGUGUGAGAAGCGAAUGUUUUUUUACAUUUUAAACCACUAUAUGUUAAGUUUUUGUAAUUAAAAUGUAAAACACAUUCUUCUCAUUUAUGCUUAAAUACUGGAAAUUUUUUAGAAUUUUAUACAAUUGCCAGAGAACAGCUUUAUGCCAUCUAUCUUACAUGUGAUAAAUCAUUGUACAAAUGUUUUCUUUAAUGGUGUUGAUGAAAUAAAAAAAGUAUUUAAAA